AUGCGUAUUGGCCUAUACAAGGACUUGCGGGGGCCAGCCGAUGAUCAAUUUCUUUUAUUAUUAUUAUUAUUACCAUUAUUAUUACUAUUAUUAUUAUUGCUGUUAUUAUCACUAUUAUCACUAUUAUUAUUAUUAUUAUUAUUAUUAUUAUUAUUAUUAUUAUUAUUAUUAUUAUUACUAUUAUUAUUAUUAUUAGACAACCAGCAAUAA